GCCGCCUCCGUCGCCGCCGCCGCCUUUGUUUCAGCUUAUUAAUCCAACAACUACAACAACAACAUCUUCUUCCCCUUCUUCUUCUUCUUCGUCGUCGUCGUCGUCUUCGUCUUGUUGUUGAUUUGUGGGGCGAUUUGUUAGGGAAUGCAUAACAACAGCAGCAGCAGCAACAACAACAACAACAUCAACUCGACCUCGGCGGGGAUCCCCCCCUCCGCCUCCUCCUCGGGGAAGGCGAAGGCCGGGGGUUCGUCGUCGCAGCCCGCCGAGUCCUCCUCCUUCAAGCGCAAGCGCGGAAUCUUCCAGAAGGAUCUGCAACACAUGAUGUAUGGCUUUGGCGACGAUCAGAAUCCACUUCCAGAAACUGUCGCGCUAGUGGAGGACAUUGUUGUGGAGUAUGUCACUGAUCUGGUGCAUAAUGCACAAAAUGUUGCAUCGAAGAGGGGGAAGCUCUUGACUGACGAUUUUCUCUAUCUGAUCCGUAAGGAUUCACGAAAACUCCACCGCUGCACCGAAUUGCUGUCCAUGAACGAGGAGCUUAAGCAGGCGAGGAAAGCUUUCGACGUGAAUGAAGAGACGCUGGUAAAUCCUGAAUGAAAGGAUGACUCGAAAAGUCUCAGAAUUGAAAUUCUGUGAUGGUGGAUUAAAAUCGAAAAUGUAGGGGUGGGGGGACUGUUUGAAAAAUAUUGAUAUUGCUAACAACUGUAAAGGAAGAGAACCUACAUAUUCAAUGAUUUCAAUGUGAACACUCUCCAAAUCAACCCUCUACGGAAAUCUCCAUUUGACCGCGCCUCUUUUCGUGUAUUCAGAAACUUCCUAUAUUUGCAAUUCUGUGAUGGGCUCAGUAUCUCGCGAGGAAACUCUUCCUGUUGAUUAUGAAUGAUGUAUAUUGUUGCUUGCUUGAGUAAAAUUUCUUCAAAUUGAUCCCCAAUUUGACAUGUUUUUUU